GCCCACUUCAUUGCCUUCACAGAUAAGAAAUAGGAAAGUGGAAAAGAUGGCACAAGGAAAGUGGGUAUCAUCUUCAACUCCUCCUGCAGCCUUACAUCAGUACCCUUUCUGAUCUUCUACAGCUCUCAGCUGCCAUAUGCAGCGUCAAGGAAUAGCUCCCAUGGCUGGGCAAGGAUCUCCAAUGAGAGGCAUGGUGGAAGUGAUGGAAGAGGUUGAGAGUGCCAUACAAUCGGAGAACCCAACUGUAAAUCUUCAGUUGCUUGCUCGUGCUUGUCACCUUGGAGCUCAGUUUAUAACCUCCUUUGGGAUUCCAUUCAAGUUAGCUGCCAUCGAAGUCAAAAAUAAGGCCAAUGAUAUGGAAGAAGCUUACCAGAACUACAAUACGGUGGAGGUUAUGCUUGAUUAUGAAAUUACAAAUGGUCUGGCAAGAGAAAACAGUAGCCAUACAAGAUUCCUUCUCAGGAUGAAGCGCGCAGCAGAUCUACUAAGGGUCUUUUUCCAGGAAAUCCUUGCAAGAGAGGGAGAUUCUCUUGUUCCUCCAUUUAAGAAAGCUUAUGAUGAGGUUUUUGGUGCACACCAUGGGGAAACGACUAAGAUAGUUGUCGAUUACGCCAUGGAAUUUAUGAUGGACAAAAGUGACCUAUUUACAUUGAUCGAUGAUGAUGAUGAAAACGCAGCGAGGGAAAUGAUGAAAAGAUACAUCUCAGCAUCAACUUGUGUUUGCCAACACAUUGAACAGUUGUAUCGUUCUACCACAGUUGGUGAAGAACUGCUUAGGAUGAUUUGAAUCAUCUCUAAUUACUACUCAUAUGUUAUCAUGAUGUUUGCAUGAAUUCAAUAAAUAUAUGGCUAGUUCGCUGGUUACUAGCUAACGUGCAAGGACAUGUACAUUAACUCAAUGUUAUUGGUGAUUUAAAGUCAAGUUGUAAUAAUAUGCUUUAAAAUUUGGUAAAAAAAAUAUUAUUUGA